AUGGACAAGCUAAGUGUAGAUGAAGCUGAUACUAAAAUUACUAAUGAAAAUACUAUACAAAUUCUUGAAUUACCAUUACCUGAAUUAAAAAUUGACGAUAGUUAUAUUAUUGAUAUUUUUACUGCUGCAUCAGUAGAUUAUUAUACAUUUCGUGAUUUGGUUAGUAAAAUAAAAUUUAAUGAAAAAGAAAUAUGUAGUAUGGUAAAUUUUUUAAAUCAAAAAAAUAAUGGUGGUUGGAGUCCUUUAUUAUAUGCAUCAUAUUUAAAUCAAAUUGAUACUAUAAACUUACUUUUAAAAUAUAAUGUAGAUUGUAAUAUUGUAAAUAAUAAAAAAGAAACAGCAAUAAUGUUAGCAUCUGCAUGUGGUCAUGAUAAUAUUGUUAAAAUGUUAAUUGAUAAUAAAGGUGAUUGUAAUCUUCAAAAUGAACAUGGAAGAACUGCUUUGGUUUAUGCAACUCUUCAUAAUCAAAUUUCUUGUAUUUAUGUUUUAUUAGAAAAGGGGGCUGAUCCAAAUGUUGUUGAUGAUACUGGAAAUACACCAACUUUAUAUGCAUGUAAGUGUGAUAAUGAAAAUAUUCUUAGAGUAAUGUUACAAUAUGGUGGUAAUCCUUACUCUGUUAAUAAAGCAGGAGAAAGUUGCGAAAAUUUAGUUGAUGGAAAUGAUGUUAUGUUAGAAUUGAUAAAUGAUGCAAAAAAAGAAAGAGAUACUGAUACAAAUGGUACAUUUAAAUAUACCAAGAAGAGUUAUGUUAAACCACCAUAUGCUAAUCCAAAGGGAAGAACUAUGGAAAAACCAAAAGACAUUUUAGAAAUGCUUAAGUUAAGUCAUUAUAUUCAAAAUUUUGUCAAAUAUGAUAUUAAUUUAAAAAUGUUUUUUCAUCUUACAGAAGUUGACUUAAUUCAUAUAGGAAUUGAUAAUCAAAUUGCUCGUAAUAAAAUUUCUGGUAUUAUUAUGUCAUUUCCAACACAAAGAAUUUUAGCUUGUGAUCCUAAAGCUUCACUAAAAUAUCGGGCACAAUUUGGUAAGGUACGAACACAUAGUAAUGAACAAAAAACAUUAAUUGAAAAACAAAUUAAAGUAACAGUUAAUGAUUGUGAAGAGGCAGAAGCUGAUAUUUCUGGAUUAAAACAUGAUAUACAUAAACUUUCUUUGAUUGAAAAUUCAACUAUAGCUAGACAUAAAAGUAUAUCACGUUGUGUUUUUUCAAUAUAUAAACAAUUAAAUACCAUUAAUAGCAGUAAAUAUAGUAAAAAAGUAGAAAAAUCCAAAGAAAUAAUGAAUAAUUUCUUGAGAAAAUACAAUGCUCUUAUCACUAAUAGAGGUACUCCUAUUGGAGAGACAAAGAAAUGGUGA